AUCGCUAAAUCCAGUCCGCCCAGGUCAGUAUUCCUGCCAGUCUCGAUUUUUGCUCCCCUUUUGACGGCAAGAGGCCUUACCACUUCGACAACCACAGCAGUCUUCUCGCGCCCACCGCAAUAACCGAAAAUGGGAAAGGUUCACGGAAGUUUGGCCCGUGCCGGCAAGGUCAAGUCUCAGACCCCUAAGGUCGAGAAGCAGGAGAAGAAGAAGACUCCCAAGGGCCGCGCCAAGAAGAGACUCACUUACACUCGCCGUUUCGUCAACGUCACCAUGACCGGCGGCAAGCGCAAGAUGAACCCCAACCCCGGCUCUUAAAUUACCCACAACCCGCAAACCAUGAAGCUUCCGUCGCGAUGACAACUUUCUUCUCUCCGGCGACAAAGUUAGCGAGCUAAAAGAAUCCCAUCAAACCCUUUUCUUUCCCCGCGUCACCACGAUGAACGAACUUUUGACGAUGACGAACAAACAACAAGACAACACCGGAGCGGACUGUACUGUGUGCUUGUAUCUUUUUCUUGGGAUUCCUGGAAACAGGGCGUUCCCAGGACUAAGGUUCGGGGAAUGAGGGCGAAAAAAAAAAAGCAAGCAAACUUUUUUUCAGGGCGUCUGUGAUUGGGAUGGGAUGCUGUGUUUCUGGGUGUGGUAUGGGUGGACUUGAGUCUACGGACGCGAGUCUACUUGAAGGCCAACAAUGUCUGAGAAAACGUAAAACAGAAAUGCGAUUUUCCAGGCAACACAUGAUUCUCGGUUCUUCGUGAUUCUUUGAAUGGGGAUGUCAAAGAUAAGCAUGUACGCCCGUUGUUUUCGUUCCAUCAUCUCUGUAACAUACAGGUAAGCCAACUCACGUUGGCCUUUUCAAUUCGCCCAUCAAAGAUGAAAGAAGAUUGAAAAGACAACAAGGUUCUCAUUCACUGCAAAUAUGUUCUCCGGAUCUACCAAACCCCGGACGACCAUGACGUAGCUUUCGUACCCAAACAUAUUGAACCGAAGAGAAAACAGCCCACGAGAUUCAGUUCUCGACUAAGCGUCGUUUCGCUCUAAUAUACACACAUAGAUGCCGAAACUUCGGAAUACCAAAUACUGUCAUUGCGAUGCUGACUGAAUCUCCC